UUCACUCAAGUGGAAAAUAAUGGCAAAUAACUCAAGUCACAAGCCYUUUGGUGAUCCGUGGGGUAGUCAUCUGUUUGGUCGCGAGUUGGCCAUURUAUUAACGAUUCUUGGUAUAAUCAUCUGUAUACUGGAUCUUAUUGGCAACAUAACCGUCAUUCAUAUAGUGCGAACGCGCAUACACAUGCGCACUACUAUAAACUUGCUUAUUGCCAAUUUAGCAGCCGCUGACCUCCUCAUGGUGAUCGUGGUCUUCUAUCUUACAAAACAUUUCUAUGUUGGUUUUAGAUGGUUUGGAGGAGUACURGGACAAGUGACCUGUAAAUUAGCCAUGUCUAUCCAAAUAUUGAGCGUCAUAUGUUCAGUUUUAACUCUUUGUGCAAUAACUUUCGAUCGAUUCUUCGCGAUCAUGUUUCCGUUAGCAAGGUUCAUGACCUUUAGUAAAAYCAAAAGGCUAAUGACUUUGCUGUGGAUUUUAUCCCUUGCCUUCUGUAUUCCACUUACAGUUGUCUCGAUGUCUAUCGUAUAUGGCGAUGGAUACGCCUGURUUGAAAACUGGAAAGGACAUGGACUAAAUGGCCRUGCUUACACCAUAGCAUUUGGGCUUGUUGGUUACGUAAUACCACUCGUUGUCAUGUCAACGCUCUAUCUAAUAAUGGGUAUAAAGUUAUGGAGAGCUUCUACCCCAGGCCAUCAAACUGCGGAAGCCAUGAACAGGAUCAAAAAAGGUCGGAGGAAAGCCACUAAAAUGCUCAUAACUGUCGUGGUUGUUUUUACACUUUGUUGGCUUCCUCUUCAAGUCGCCGAGUUUCUCAGGCAAUUUGCGCCAGACAUUUAUUGGACUAUUCCUUUCAAACUUUACUUUGUUUUACCAUAUUUUGGCAUAGCAAACUCGGCGAUAAAUCCCUUUAUCUACAUUAUAUUUUGUGAACAAUUUCGUGUAGAGUUCAGUACAAUAUUAUGUUUUUCAAAAUGUGUUGGAUCACGUGACGAUGUGCGGAAUCGGUCCUCGAGGAGUGCCCCGCAAACGACAGGGAAGUCUACUUGUAUCACAGAACUAGUGCAACGCCAAUCCAUAACAACGUCGUUGUGAGACACGUAUUGAAAAUUCUUACUAUCAGUAUAUAGAACAAGUUAUAUAUUCUGAUAUCUUUUGACAAGCAGAGAAAACUGACACAAGUAUUGAAAAUCCUUAUCAGUUUCUUGGUAUAUAGAAUGGCUUAUAUAUUCUGAUGUCUUUUGACUAGCUAAGAAAGAUCGUAGUGCAACGCCAAUUCAUSACAACCUCGUGUGAGACUUGUAUCAGAAAAUCCUUUUUGGUUUAUGUAGAAUGGGCUAUCUCAGCUAAGAAAGAUGGGAGAUCGAAAACUAGCUGACAUUUUUUUGACAAGCUCAGUAAAAAUAACUGGCUAUAGGAAAAGCCCCUAAAAUUGGGUGAAACGUAUUUUACCUAGCUAAAAAUGACUGAAAAAAMCCUUAAAACGUUAACCGCUGCGCUAUUUAUAAGAAUAAUUUUGGUCCAACAAACAAGUUAUCAUUCGGCGCCAAUUCUGGCUGGAAACUCACAGGUUUAUUUACGAACGAGACUUUAAGCCAAGGCUAGUGUCUACACAAGAAAAAUUGAGUGCCAUGAAGUAAGAUUUCCUUGGUGCCUCGAGGACGUACUAUAAAAAAUAAAKAAAUCACUUUUAUUUAGCA